AUGGGUUUUUUUAUAAAAAUAAUUUAUUUUCAUUUAAAUUAUAAAUAUUUAACUUCUUUUUCUUAUGAAAUAAAUAUAUAAAAAACUAAAAAUUAAUUUUUAAAUAUUUAAAAUUUAUUAAAUCCAUUUUAUUCAUAAAUUAUUCAUAGUGAAGUUUACAAAGCCUACUCCAAAAUCGAUCAAAAAUACGUAGCUUUAAAAAAAAUAAAAAAGGAACGAAAAGAAGGGUUUCCAGUUACUGCCCUAAGAGAAAUCAAAAUAUUAAGACGCCUUAAUCAUCCUAAUAUAAUAAAAUUACUCGAUAUAUCAACAGAGUAGCAAAGAAAUUAUGGUGAAUAAACUUAUUUAGUUUUUGAAUAUUGCGAACAUGACCUUGAGGGAUUAUUGUCUAGCAAUAUAUAAUUUACUUUGCCUUAGGUUAAAAAUAUUAUGUAUUAAAUAUUACUUGGACUAUAAGAAAUACAUAAAUAAAAUAUUAUACAUCGUGAUAUAAAAACCGAUAAUAUACUUUGUACUAAUAAAGGAGAAUUUAAAAUUGCUGAUUUUGGUUUAUCAAAAAUAAAUGUAAAUGCUCCUUUAACAUAAAGAAUUUAGUGUAUUCCUUAUAGAUCUCCAGAAGCAAUAUUUGAGGCAAAAAAAUAUACAUCAAAAGUUGAUAUAUGGUCUUUAGGAAUAAUACUUUAUUAAUUAUUAUUCCGUAACUAAUGCAAAAGAAAGACAUUAUUCUAUGGUGAUGGUUAUGUCUAAUAGGCUAAAUAAUAUUUUAGCUUUUUGGGAAACCCAGAAUUAGUUUGGUCUGAAUAAAGUAAGAAAAGCUUAAUGAUGAUGAAAUAUGAUGAAAUAAUGAGUAAAAUAAGCCCUGAAGAAAAGGCUAAAUAUAGAGAUUGUUUACUUGAUUUCCUUAAAGAUAUUAAACCGAAUACUGAUGUUUAUGCAUUAGACUUGCUUAUUAAAAUGCUUGUACUUGAUCCAGAAAAAAGAUUCUCAGUAGAAGAUUGCUUAAAUCAUUAAUUUUUUAUGUAAGAACCUUUUAUGGCAAGAAAUAAUGAAAUGCCCUCUAUUAAAGAUGGUAAUGAAUAUCAUAAUAAAAAAUAUAAAGAAUAAGGUGUAUAAUAAAUUUCAAAUUAAGUUGGUAAAAACUUCAAAAACAUGAACUACAAUUAAAUUAAUAACAAUAUCAGGCCUAAUUAAAACACUAAUGUAAAUAAAAAUAUAUCUAAAUAACAAAGGGAUACAAAUAAUUUCAAAUGA